CCUGUGUCUCCUCCCGUAAGGCUGAGAGAGAGAAAAUGGCCGCACGGGAGUAGCGACUUUUGCUUGGGCGUUCCUACAUUACCAAGGCCGUGUUUCAUUGUGCCUGUGAGCCACUAAAAAUUGUAAAAUUACCCUACAGGAUCUGUUGGCCAUUAUCAGCGUGAUUUACUUAUUGAGGACGUUUCUAUAACUCCAUAGAGCGAGGAACCUGCAGGAUCCACCCAAAACACAGCUGACUACACCAUAGUCAAUAUUCCUUCCCAAUGAUGUACCAAACUUUACAUUUACGUUGUUAAAAUAGUGGCAAGACGUGUUACAAGGACGGCAACAUGUCGGGUGAGGCCCAAGAAAAAGGUAAUGAGGACUCUAUUAAGGUAGUGGCAAGAUUCCGGCCGCUGAAUGACUCUGAGGAGCGAGCUGGAUCAAGGUUCAUAGUCACAUUCCCUCAAAACAAAGAUGACCAGCUAGUGAGCAUAGGGGGCAAAGUCUACCAGUUUGAUAACAUCUUGAAGCCUAACGUAACCCAAGAAAAAGUUUACAACACAUCAGCCAGAGAUAUUGUAAAAGAUGUGCUCAAUGGCUACAAUGGAACAAUCUUCGCCUAUGGGCAGACCUCUUCGGGGAAAACACACACCAUGGAGGGUGUUAUUGGAGACCCAAAUCUCCAGGGUAUCAUACCUCGCAUCAUCCAAGAUAUCUUUAAUCAUAUCUAUAACAUGGAAGAAAACCUUGAGUUCCAUAUCAAGGUAUCCUAUUUUGAAAUCUACAUGGAUAAAAUUCGAGAUUUACUAGAUGUGUCCAAAGUGAAUCUUGCUGUACAUGAGGAUAAAAAUCGUGUACCAUUUGUGAAAGGUGCCACAGAACGGUUUGUGUCAUCGCCAGAAGAAGUGUUAGAGGUAAUAGAAAUGGGCAAGAGUAAUCGCCAUGUUGCUGUUACAAACAUGAAUGAACAUAGUUCGAGAAGUCACAGUGUUUUCCUGAUUCAAGUUAAACAAGAGAAUAUUGAGUCUCAGAAGAAACUACUUGGAAAGCUUUAUCUUGUUGAUUUAGCUGGGAGUGAAAAGGUAAGCAAGACUGGGGCAGAAGGUUCUGUUUUAGAUGAAGCAAAGAACAUCAAUAAAUCACUCUCGGCCUUGGGCAAUGUGAUCUCUGCCCUAGCUGAUAACACUAAAACCCAUGUUCCAUAUCGAGAUUCUAAGCUGACUCGAAUUCUUCAAGAAUCACUUGGUGGUAAUGCCCGAACUACAAUUGUUAUAUGCUGUUCUCCGGCAUCCUUCAAUGAGUCAGAAACAAAGUCCACACUUGACUUUGGCAGGAGAGCCAAGACAGUGAAGAAUGUUGUGACGGUCAAUGAGGAGCUAACAGCUGAGGAAUGGAAACGCCGUUAUGAGAGGGAAAAAGAAAAGGUGACCAAACUAAAAGCACAGUUGGAGAAGAUGGACCUGGAGCUUGGGAGAUGGCGUGCUGGUGAAUCUGUGAGCACUGAUGAACAGGUGGCUAUUGAUAUGGAUGCCUCAACUACAUCACUACAGUUGGCUCCAGUUUUGGCUCCAACGGUGGUUGUUGCUGUUGAUGGUGAUGCAGAAGAAUGGGGAAGGGAGAGAGAGCGUCUUUACCAGAAUUUGGAUGAGAAGGAUGAUGAGAUCAAUCAUCAGUCACAACUAGUGGAGAAACUUAAGGAACAAAUGCUUGAGCAAGAAGAGUUGAUAUCAUCGACACGGCGUGACUAUGAGCUUCUGCAGUCAGAGAUGACCCGGCUUACUAAUGAGAACGAGAAGGCCAAGGAGGAAGUGAAGGAAGUAUUACAGGCCCUGGAGGAGUUGGCUGUCAAUUAUGAUCAGAAAACAGAAGAAGUGGAACGCAAGAGCAAGGAGAAUGAGUCACUGACAGAGGAACUUGGUCAGAAGCAGGCCUCACUAAAUGUAGCCACAUCAGAACUUCAGACUGUAAAGGACUCGCAAUUACAUCAAAAGAAGCGCAUAAAUGAAAUGUUGGUGUCGCUCCUCAAAGAUCUCAAUGAAGUGGGGUCAAUCAUUGGCACAUCCAAUGAUGCCAUGAAGAACCUUGGAGAUGUCGAUGGCAAGGUGGAGGAGGAAUUCACCGUUGCAAGACUAUACAUCUCUAAGAUGCGUUCUGAGGUGAAAAAUCUGUCCCAGCGCUGCUCAACUCUAGAAUCAAAGCAGGCGGAAAUGCAUAGUCAGAUGGAGGAACGUGAGAAGGAGCUAAUCGAGUCCAAACUACUAGUUACCCAACAUGAAGCCAAGAUGAAAACCCUCUCACAGUCCAUGAAGGAAGGGGAAAAUAAAAAGAGGACCUUGGAAGAACAGUUGGAUUCCCUGAAUGAGGAGGUGGCUCGUCUGAAAGCAGUGUCUAAGGUUUCUGAACAAGAUGGCCAUGUUAAGGAUGCACUUGAGAAGCAGAUUGAACAACAUAGGGAACAACAUCAAAAACAGUUGGCUGCAUUACGAGAUGAAAUUACGGAAAAACAGCAGCAAAUUGAUGAAUUAACAGAUGAGAACCAAAAGAGAGCAGUCACAGAGGAGCAACUGAAGGCUGAGUAUGAGAAGCUUAAGACUGAAGUUGCUGAAAAGACUACUAAGUUGAGUGAGUUGACAACUGUCCACGAGCGCAAGGAGCAGGCACGACAAGACCUUAAAGGCUUGGAAGAGACCGUGGCAAAGGAACUGCAGACGCUACACAAUUUGCGUAAGCUGUUUGUACAGGAUCUCCAGGCUAGAGUGAAGAAGUCUGCAUCAGGAGAGGAGAGUGAUGAGUCAGGUGGAUCACUGGCUCAGAAACAGAAAAUUCAGUUCCUGGAGAACAACUUGGAUCAGUUAACCAAGGUGCAUAAACAGCUGGUCAGAGAUAAUGCUGAUCUACGAUGUGAACUUCCUAAACUAGAGAAGAGAUUGAGAGCAACAAUGGAGCGAGUAAAGGCUUUGGAAACUGCUUUAAAAGAGGCUAAGGAAGGGGCAAUGAAAGAUCGCAAGAGAUAUCAGCAGGAAGUUGACCGAAUUAAGGAAGCAGUGAGGCAGAAGAACCUACAGCGUAGGGGCACGGCUGCUCAGAUCGCCAAACCAAUUCGUGCUGGACAUGCCCCUCAGGCAAAUCAUGCAAGUAUACCUGUGAUUCGUGGAGGAAUGCAGCCCUACCAACCACCAGCAAUGCAGAAGCGGAUAAUUAGUAGUAGUGCACGUAUGGGAAAAUGCGAUCUUCAGAACUCUUGUGGCAGGAAUCCACCAUGAGAUCUCAUCACUCAUAUUCCACAACACUGGGAGACACAUCAAGCUAAAUGAAGCCUUAUCAUAUUUCUGAGAUAGAACCCACCCCUUGUUUAUGUUGAGCUGUGGCUAUGUAUUCUUGAAAUAUUUAAAUAUUUUGUUACCAAUCUCAGUACAGUAACACCAAAUUUAUGCACUGUUACGAACCACGCCAUCAAUUGUCAUGACCUAUCUACCCAGCACCACGAGCAAUGCCAUCUAGGGACGAAACCCGAGUAUGACUAGUCUUAGUU